AUGAAGCUAGGGACGGAAGUUAUGAAGCCAUUAGAGGUAUUUUUUUGCAAGUAAUAUAUUGAAGACAUUAGAAUUUAAACUCAAGAAUUCCAAAAUAAUGAAUAAAAAAAAACCAUGAAUCGGUUCAAAAAUAAAAAAAUAAGGUUCAAACAAAAACAAAUCCGCCAAAAAGGAGAUAUACGGGUGACGUCAUUUAUGAAGGCCCUUCCGUCGAUCUUUUUUUCAUUGAUAUUUUCCAGUUUUUCUUUGAAAAUGGUCGCAAUUUUUCCCUCAAGAAAACCUCUUUCGCUACCAUCUUCUCCGCCGCUUCAACUUGAUCUUUCGGAAGCAUGAAAUAACUGGAGGCUUCACUCCAAAAAACUUCAGAUGGAACUUUUUUUAUCUUGACGUCUACCGCACUUUUAAGACUUUCAGUAUAAUAUAAAAAAAUAUUCUUAUAGUUAAAAUUUCUAAAUGAAGACUAGUAAGCCUGAAGAAAGCCUCCGAGACAUAUUGGACGUUGGGAACACGCAAUAAAAAAAUCAUAAAAAAAUGUUUCAACUUCUUCUUUCAGCUCAUAGAUUCUAUACCUUGUUUCAGUGCGUUUCAGUCGACCUUUCUUCAGUACUGUCCCUACAUCGACUUCUUCGAGGUUCUAGCUUGGUCGACUGUAGAAGCCGUGCAGAUUUUCGCGUAGAACAGAAGCCACUGGCCAAUAUCAACUGCAAACCCGUUGUCAAAUCGGCAGCCGAUCAAUCCGAGAUUGUAGGAAAAAAAGAAGUUGCUUCCCGACUGUCUCCAGUCUCUCCGUCGACUGUUUUUUUCAGCCGCCGCCCCGUUUUCUCGACGGGUCACUUUUCCCUUUUUCUCCACUUUCUUACCUCCAGAUUCUUCACUAUUCCAUCGACUUUUUUGUCAAACUAUUAAAAAGUCGAACCGUCUUUGUAGCGUUCCUUCCUUUCAACCGGCGCCUUCUCCGAUUUUUCUGAGGAGAGCUACGUUUAAUCUGAAUUUUCACAUAAGGCUCUAGUUUUCAAAACUCACAAAAAUUUUAGUACUUCAAAUAUUUUUUGCGUAAGUUUUCUGAGUCAAAGUGAUCGUUAGGUUUAUGACAAUCACUUACAGGUUAAAAAAAAAUUGUUUCAUUUUUUUAAUUCUGUAAUAAUUCACUGAAAAAGUUCAGAAAGCCCUCGGGAAGUUGAUUAGCUAAGAAAAAAAUUUUUUUCAAUAUUUUUUUCUAUCUUUAAAGUUAAGCUUUUUAAAAUAAAAUGAUAGCUAAUUAAUAUUUGAGUUGAGAUGUUGAAUUCUUACGAAUUUUUUAAAAUCAAUUUUUUUGUAAUUAGAAAUAAAGAAAAAAACAAGACGGAAGCUCAUUUUAUAUAUUUUCAAAAAAAAUUCUCAGCAACUAAAUAGUUUUUUUGAAACACCAUCAUUAGAGUUUAUAUGAAAAAAACAUUUACCCAAACUUUUUUUGAGAUUUUUUUCAAUUGGACUUUUUGUUUCGGAUAAUCUUUAAUCACAGUGAAUGGCCUCUAUGAAUUCUUUUGAUAUACUCUUUUUUUAUGCUUUUUUUUCUCUGCACUCGACCUUGUUUUUUUCUGCUUCUCUCCUUUUUUUAUCCUACUUUAAUCGUCAGCCCGCAUCAAUAUCACACCACCCACCUUGUCAUUUUCACUAGCUUUUUUUUCUGAGCAACAUAUAUUUUCUCAUUUUUCUUUCUUAUUCUAUGCUUCUACUAGAAAAUCUUUUGCCGCUUAAUAACCCCAGAGAAACUCUGCAGUAACACAAAAGACAGAUGGAUAAACAAAACUUGAAUUUUGUGUUUUGGUCGAUCUUUUGUUCCAAGAACACUUCCGUGGAAAUCAAACAGAUUCGAUUAGGUUCUGCGAUUUUUACAGUGGAGAAAGGAGAUGUGUACAAAGAAACACUGAAAUGAUAGGUUGUGAGUUUUUGAUCAAUCUAUCUUCAAGAUUCAUAGUUCCUACAAAGUUUUCCUCGACGGGGUUCAAGUCAUAUUCUCGUUGCUCACUUCUCUUUCUUUUUUGUACUAGGAAAAGUCUGUACUUUUGUAUCUCCAAAAAAUUGUCCCUCAUAUCCUACAAAACAAGACCUUUUACUACAAUCCCAUCAGACUUUGUAAAUUUUGUCUUGCUUCAAAAAUCUCUAACGUUUCAUACAACAACCUCUUGGAAGAUAUUUCUUACAUUUUCAGGUCUGUUUUUGAACUAUUUUAUGUUUUUAACAAGCUCGUAAAGAGGAUGAGAUGAAGAAUAAUCUUAUGUGAUUUUGGGGCGAAGUUUCGGUCUCUAAACUUAUCAAUCUUCUUGAAAGCUUCCACAGCUUCAUCUUUAAAUCUUCGGGUUUUACUAUUUUUUUUUCAGAGUUUUCAAGAAUAUUAUAUUUCAUUCACUCCCAUUUGAACUUUUCUGGACGCAUUUGACAAUGCGAGUAGUUUCAUUUAAAUUAAACUAUAUUUUGAAAAUCUUUUGCAUGUUCUUUUUCAUCAUUUCGAGUUUUAACAUUCAUUAUUUCAACUCGCUCUUUCCAAUAUUAUCUUCAAAUGCUUAAACAAUGCUUGCAGGUAUCCGCUGAAAGCGAGAAAGUCGGCGGGUUUUCCCAGCCGCUUUUUCCUUUUUCGUCAAUUCCACGGAGUCCAACUCCGGCUCUUCAAAAGAGAAACUUUUUUCUGAUCUCAAAGGCCCAAGGCCUCGAUAAAAAAAAGCCUCAAAGGCACGGAAGCCUCGCACAGCGGCCCAUCCUCUUGUCGUGUUUUGCAGGUCAGUUCUCAUUUUAUUCAAAUAAACGCGGCUCUGCUCCUGCUUAUGACUCACGGGAUAUCUCAUCGGAUAGGUGUUCGCUCUUCCAAAAAUGUCUAAAGAAAGUGCAAAAUGUGCGCUCCACUGACCAUUAUCGUUAGCGCGGCUACGGUAAACGUUCCAAAGACAGCUGAUGCACUCUACUUUUGUGUACUCCGAAGGUAAUCAACCGGAUAGGAACGUCUGAGGAAAAAGCCCUGAACAAGUGCAAAUCUUCCCUUAUUUGGAGUCUUCGGAAGUCUUAAAAUGAUGUGAUUUUGUGGUCUAGACAAUUACCAUAUGCAGACAUAUGUCUUAUGACUUUCAAAAGAGCCAUCGAUACGCCUAACAACUCAAAAAGGGCAAUUAGUAACUUCAUGUGAUACUAUACUUUUUCUAAAAUUAGAAAGUUUUUAGGACUCGAAAUGAAUAAUUGGAAUAUUUUUGUGCACCAAAUAUCACUUUUUUCUUGAUUUUACUAGGAAUUCGGUAGCUCAAGCCGGACGUUUCUGAGAAUUCAAGGGAUCAAUUAAGCUGGCGCCUGACUUGUUAUCGAGAAUCCGGGUUGAGAUCAUUAGGAGCGGAUAAAAAAAAUUUGCAGUAGCGACCUAUUUAAAAGACGAAGAUUUUUUUCGAACAAAUUCGAAAAAAAUAUUCAAUUUAACAUUGUUUUUUUCCAUAAUUAUUUUUUUCAAGAACUCUGCCUCGAUAAAUUACAUAUGAAAUUUACAAUAAUUGAAUGAAAGUUCGAGGAAGGAAAUCGAAGUUGAGCAUUCUCUCGCUUGCUUCACAGCCGAAUGAAGAAAAUCUCAGUUUCUUCGUGGAAUCUGGAACAAUUGUCGGAGAGAAUGUUUCCAAUUUAGUUCUCACUUCGAAUUCUGCUCCAUUAAAUUUGAAAGAAAGCCUGAAACUACUUCAGCUAUUCUUUUUUCGUGAUAAACUAAUGGAGUUGAUCAAGAUCUGAUUUAUUAGGACUUACUAUAGGAAAGUAGUUGAUCUAACCUCUGUUCUAUUGUGAUUUGGAUUUCUUGAAUUUAGAAAUAACGGCCAUUUUCUGUUAGAAAACUAUAAUAGCCAGCUUACAGUCUCUGGUAAGAUCUAAACUUCCCAAACGGUUUACCAUCGAAAAUUCAAAAUCAUACGUAAUUUUCAGCCAGUUUCUGAACGAAUCAGCCGAAAAAUCUUUGAUUCAUCCAGGGAAAGCCAUUGAGGUCCUUAAAUGAAGAAAAAGCUUUCCAGUGAAAAAUUUCCAGAUUUUUGGGUUGGAAGUUCGAAAUUUCUUCUCUUAAAAAGGGAGAUUUGCCCAGGUUUUCACGAUAUUUUAGAAUAUUAAAAUAAGGUACACAGGACAGUUUUUGUCUAAUUUUCAGAAAAUCCUCAUUUUUCAAAUGAAACGACUUUCCUCCUCAGUACUUUUUCAGUUUUUAUUCAACUUUUGAAGCUCAAAAUUUCAUAAGAUCAACUAGCAUUGUUCUUCGGAAAGCUGGUUUUCUGGAUUUUUUGCAUGAACAUCAAUCAACAGCCAUCAGAGAAAUUUCUACAAGACCUAUUUUGAGCAUCACGUUCGCCACUGAAACGGCUCGGACUCAAAUUCCUGGAAGAAUCAUUUCCUUCUCUGUGAUCUUUUUCAGCUUUUCGAUGACGUUUUCUUGUUUUCCCACCUUAAACAACUCCUAAAGAGAUCCCUUGGUCCGGUCGGCAGGUGCCAACAGAAUCUUCUGCCGACCGACGCUCCGCCCCCUUUCUUACUUAUCCACGUGCCGUUUUCGUCGCGUUGCUUCUUCCAACGGAAUCUUUUGAGCUCCGAAAUCGAACUGCUAUGCUCCAGAUGGAUCAGUUCAUGUAUGAUCAGCAUGAUAAGGUAAUUUUUAUCAAUUACUAGAUUUUUUUCUUUGAAAUUUCGAGUAAGACCUGGCGACUCGGAAGGAGGUCCGCAGUUGCGAAAUAAGAAUAACAACUUGAGAUCAGAAAGAAUUCUUUUCGGAGGAAUUUCAAUAAUUGAAGCUAUUUCCUCAAACGCGUUAUAUCAUACUACGAAAAAUUUUUUUAACAAAAUUUUGUUGUCAAGUUUUUUGUCGAUUUUAUCAACUUCUUUCUUUUACAAAAAAUUAGAAUGGUUUUUUUUUACUCUUUAUACUCCAAAUUUAUUUCUAAAGAAAUUUGUUGAUCUUUGACAACAGGAGCGAGCUGUUUUUUUGAAGUUUAUCCCAGCGAAAAAAAUCAAUAAAAAAAUUAUUUUUUUGUGGAUCUUUGUUUGAAAAAGCUGCCGCUUUCCUACAUGGCCUCUUUUUUGCGAUUCCCUUAUUUUUCUCGAUUUUUUUAUUUUUAUUUCGAGGUUAGUGAUGGAGAGAAUUAACAAUAACAACCGAAACACAGUGUAGUUCAAUUUUUAAUUGAAUGAUGAAUAAAACUGGAAAAGUAAACUUCAAGUGACCUUAUCAAGGUAAUCGUUUUUCUUACGAGUUAACUGAUAUGCAAAACAAUUUUUUUGUGACUUUGAAUUCGAGUUCUCUGAUUCCUUGGUUCACUUUUUUUGUAUUUUUAAUUGAAUUCUAAUAGGAAAAAAAGGCAAAUUAUAAACCAAGUUUUCUUAUCGUAACAAUAUUUUUUCCAAACUCUUUUUUUGGCCUCCUGACCGAGUUCAAAAACUUUUUACCUGGGACCCUCAUGUGAGAUAUCGAGAGAAUCAUAGAAAGCAGAGAAAGAAGAAAAAACGUCUGCCUUGGGGGAUUUUCGAACGGUUUCUUUGUUUCGCGUCGAGAGUGCGAUUUUCUUUUUUCCGGUGCCAGCCACCAUUUUUUUUUGUCGCUGAAUCGUCGCUUCCGCUGGUCUGUUACCCACGAUUCAAAAUAUGCACCACUUUUUUUGGUCCUCCUGAACCAUUUCCCAUGAGAGAUUUUGUGUGACCAAUGUCCGAGUGGUCCUCAAUUUUGAAGGAAAACAAACUUCAAAAAUGGAGCUACGAAGAAGUUUUGAGGAGUAAAAUAUAGUUUUUGAAUUUAAUUUGCAAUGGGAAGUUCUGAAGAAUUGUUUUCGAAAUGGUUAGGUAGCUAAAGAAUUUCAAAAAAGUCAAAAAGUUUUUCAUCGUUUUUUUCGACAGUUUUUUUCAAAAAGAACGUCGGGGUUUGUAGUUUUCUGCGUCAUAAGUUACGUCGUACAGAGAAUUUAUUUUUCUUUUUUUCUUGAAAAUCUUUCAAAGCAUUUUUUUCGAACCCUAAUUUUUUUGAAUCCGAAGGCUGUAAAAAUUUGAAAAAAUGUUUAAAAAAAGUUCAUCAAAGAUGAUCCACCUUAUUAUCAACUCCGAAAAAGUUUUCUCGCGCUUCAAAGAGCGGCUGACAGUCAUUCCGAUAUGGAGAUAUCCCGUGAAAUGCCAUAAACAUGGGUAAAAUGGGAAAAACGACCACAGCUGGAGCAUCUCCGGUGCUUUUUACGGUCGCAGCUUCGGCCCAGAUGUCCUUUGCCGCACUCGGUUCAUUUACUCAUGAGCCUCCCCGGACGGCGGCUCACUCUCGACCCACAGUAACCCAGACUUUGUUGUAGUUUGAUGCGCCAGAGUUCAACAACGUGAAGCUGUUCGACAUGCAGACGCCGGCGAUUGGUAACUUUUUUUCUUUUUCUUUUUUUGAGAAUGAUGACAUUUUUCAAAAACUAACUUUUUUUCCUAAAUAGUUUUUCGAGCAUCUUUAAAAAAACAUUUUUUUCGAUUGAAAAAAACUUUUUAGAAGGCAAAAAGUAUGAGUUCUGAUAAGAAAAAAAUCAUGAAAGUCGAGAAGAGCAUUUCGGAAGAAGCUUUUUUUGAAUUCUCAGGAUAAUUUUCAAAAGUUCCUAAUUUUUUUAAAAAAAAUAGUUCGAGGCAGUACAAUUAUCUUCUAAAGAGGAUUUUCUGUUUCUUGCUCCAAAAUAUGAAUUUUCAGCACUUUUUGAAGUUAGCAUCCAUGAUGAAUCUAACGAAUUAUAGUUUGAGAACAAUACAAAACAGAAUAUUUUGGGCUUCUCGAUCAGAAUAUUUUGCAGACGUCAGCUUUGGACAACCGAUCGCGCCUUCUGAAGGCCAGCAUCUGAACAAUCUCUUCGCGAAUACGCUCAACAACAGCGACACUAGUAAUCUUUUUGUAUAACAUCCAUCUUUUUUCUAAAAAAAACACCAUUCGCCUAGGAACUCCAGAGUGGUCCUUAUAGGGACAACCUUAGGGGCCUCUGAAGGUUUCUCUCUAGGGCCACUUUAACUUCCCCUGUAGGACCCUCAUAGGAAAAGUUCUGAUCGAUUAUUGAUAUGGAAAAUAUCAAGAGAGGAUAAAUUAGUCGAGAUUGUCUUUUUAAUUUUCAAAGUUGAACAAAAAAUUGAGAGACCCCUAAACCCCUAUAGGGGGCAGUGUUCAUUCCUUAUGAAGGUGAAAUUAAAAAAAAAGUUCUUAUGGGCUGUUUUCCACGAACCCUUAUAGGAACUACUCUGGUUUUCUUAAGUGACUACUCAAAAAGACGGUAAUUUAGUUGCUCUCGAAAUUCAAAUGUUUAUAUUAAUUGAGAGAGUCAAACGCAUCUCGCUCAUUUUCCUCGGAAAUUUUCGAACCUCCAAGAAAUUCGAAAAAGAUUCAAAAAAAGCGUGGUCGGUAUGAAUCGCCGUGCCGGCCCGCCCUGCUUGUCGCCUUGUGCGGUCGUCUACUUUUUGAUAGAACAGUCCGUGGCUUUUUCACCCCAUUGUUUCAAGUUCCUCGCGACGCUCAGAUUUGAAUUUCGGGGCGUGUCGCGUUUUGAACCGAACUUGGUGUGAGGUCGGUGUCUGGAUGAACAAACAAAGGUUGACGGAGGAUUUGAACAAAAGGGCAAAGUUCGGGAAAGAAAAUUUGAAAACUUUUGAUUGGAAUAAUUUGAACUAGGUGGUUUCUUCUUCUCGAAUCAAAAGAUUUUAGGUGAUCCAUAGGGAUUUUGUGUUUGACCCCUAAGAUCCCAAAGCUCAAGUGGUCCUUGUAGGUUUUUUUUAAAGAUUUGUUCAAAUUAAAAGAUUGAAAAGAAAAACUCGAUCAGUUCAUCCUCUGUUGAUAUGGUCCUCCUUGUUGCAUUCGAUCAAGGGCUUUUGAAUUCUCCAAAUAAUUCCAGAAUUUUGUUAUUUCGUGCAUAGAAUCUUUUUAGGACCAAUUUUUUUAACGGCUCCCGAAAAGCCAAUUUUGUAUGUUUUUCGAGAUCAUAAAUAAUAAAAGAAUUUUUGAAUUACCGAAAACACCUUUGAAAAUUUCGAAAUUGGAAUUUUGAGUAAAACUCAAACUAUUUGCAGCGCGGUCGCAGUCCCGGUCGACGGACGGCACCGACACCACGGAUGCCAGCCACGGAAACAACUCGGACGAGGUGAUUUUCUGAAAAACUCUCUCAGAAAACGUAUAGCUCGAUAAUCUUUGAAGAUUGGCGCCGGAGGUUCGACUUCGGCCGGUGGAGACGUCUCCUCGCCCCAUCAGCCAAUCACCAACCUCAACAUGGCUUUGCAGCAUGCCAGCCUCAACUCGGACUUUGCCAACUUCAAUAAUGCGGGUCAGUAGAGAGUAAAGAAUAAAUGAGUUCUUCGUUUCCAGACUCUCUAGAAAUUUGGAUAUUUUAAUACACUCAUGGAAAACGGUCCUAGUUUGCCAUCUUAUCAUCCCGAAAGUCAAAUGUCUCAAACGUAAAAAAUAAAUCAAAUUUCGUAUAUGUAUUCGAAGUUUCAGUUUGAAAAUUUUUGAAUCAUUCAAUCUUUUUUCAAUUUCGAAACAAGAUAUGAGUGUUCCAAGCGCAUGUGCUACCGUAGUUCGACAUUAAGAUCAUCAAUAUGAAAAAAAAAUCAUUCCCUCAAAAAGUAGCUUUCAGGUGCAUAUUAACUCUUCCGCUUAUUAUUUCCGCUAAUGAUCUUCCGACUGAAAAAUUAAUACAUGUCUCAUAAGAGAACACUUCCUUUUGACCAUUUUUGGUGUUUCAGAUCUGUUCUCCUUCCAAAACAACUCCCUGCUACCGUACCCCAUGCUCUCGCAGUUCGGACGGAAUGGCCACAUGAAUGUACGUUUUUUUUUUUGCAACAGUCAUUCCGUUAAAAAUCUUAAAAGAACGAAUGAAUUUUACGGAAGUAUGGGGAAUAUUUUAAUUGAGCCCCACGAAUUUUCGUUUCUCAUUGCGCAACCGGGAAAAAAAGUAUCGCUGUUAGUUGCGCAACAUCCUAGUUCACUUUUUUUUUCCGCGAAGUGAAGUCCGAAUUGGUCUUGAGGAGCUUUUGAAUAGAAGAAAAAACCAGAAAGAGAAACCAAAGAGAAAAAAUGAAGUUAGAAGACGAUUUCAAAAGUUUGACUUGAAGUCAAUUUUGCCUGUCCCGAAAAGCAAACUUUUGUUUCAAAAAAAGGAAAGCAUGUUUUCGCUGUUUUGGUGUUGUUAUUGUGAAUUUUGUCAGUCCUGAAUCACGAAUGGGAUCUCGGCAUGAAGAAAAAGAGAUUCCAGCCAGUGUAUGGAGAGAUUUUUAAAAAAUUCUUUGAAAAGGAAAGAAAAGAAGAAAGUUCUUCUAAUGACUUCAACUUAAAGCCAGCAGAUCACGUACAGAAGCACGAGUGUCUUUUUUGCCAUUUGAAACUUUUUUCAAAUCCUCAAGAUAAAACGAAACAGUCAUAUGGAGUCUUUAUCCUACUGCCUAGUUGUUUUCGCUUAAUCUAGAAUUUCUAAAAACUUGCUCUUCAUUUGGGAGGACAUUGGACCCAAGAGUUUACGUCAGAAAAACAAAACAAAACGAAUCUUUUGUUCCAGACUAUCGUAACAUCCACGAGUUGCACUUAUCCAAUUAUCAGUUCAAUUUGAUGAGAUUUUCUCUGAACAAACUAAAGUCACAAUUCAUUUAUUUUGGCGACUUGCAGUAGAGAUCUUUAUUUGUGAGCUUCAGAGGCGAGCUAAAAAUGGCCAAGUUUAGAGUUUUUUGAGUCUUUCGGAAAAAUAUUCUUUUUGGCAAAGUCUGAAAAGUUUUUUGAGGAUUAUGGAAGGAAAAGAACUGCGCAAUUUUCAAAAGAUGUGUUGUUACAAGGCUAUUCGUCAAAUAGGCUUUAAUGAGAAAAACCUGCUAAAGAUGGUCAAAAAGGCAUGAAGAUCUUAGAGAAAAUCGCCGAGGGAAGGUACUCGAAAAGGAGCUUCCCAUAUCUUUUUGAAAAAUGGCGAUAUUUUUUUGGAUUUUCGGGACAAACUAUCUUCAUAGAGCCAUUUUGAUUUUCAGUUUAUAUUUUAAAGCAACAAUCAGACAAUUUUACAAUUUUUACUUUUCUCUGAAAUGCAGCUUUCCGAAGAUCUAUUCACUUCAGUUUCGUAUAAGUUCUGAGUUGCUCAGAAAUCAAAUCCUAGCCUUCUGUUCACCUGCCCAGAACACGUCUACUUCUAUCAGGAAAGAGCAGGAAGACCUUUGGCAAAAGCGUUUUUAGGCGCUCAUUCGCCUUUCCUCUAA